GUUGUAUGCUAGAAUCAUUAGAAAUUAAUCGGAGACGUUCGAACAACAAGAUGAGGAAAAGUUUAGAAUCGGAGCUAAAGAAAACGCUGUCUUCACGCUCAGAACAACGCAUUGCUAUGUGGAUGAUGAAACGGGGGCUUUUACAAAGGAUAUGUAGAUGUCAAAAGUGUCAUCGGAUCAUGAAGUUAGAGAAAGUCCCAAGUCCAGAUGGCAUCAGAUGGUUUUCACAGGGUAUGAGACUGCGGCACUUGGAUCUCAUUCAGGAUGAUGUUGCCAAGAGUUCAAGGACACUAACAAAUAUGACCAGAAAACUGAGGAAGAUGUGCUUAAAAGGCUUAAGCCGACUACAAGCAAGAGGCAUGACUAUUGGAGGUCCUCAACACUUUGUCAUUAUAGAUGAAAGUAAAUUUGCCCACAAAAGAAAGUACAAUAGAGGAAGAUGUGGGAACACCUGGCCUCGGAUGCGCACAUGGGUGUUUGGCAUGUUGGAAGUUGGAGGCACAAGGCGACGGCCAAUCCUAAAGCUGCUUCACAAGCAGUCCAGGCAUCACCUUCUACCAAUUAUACGCCAGUAUGUCAAGCCUGGUAGCUGUAUUAUCAGCGAUGAGUGGCGGGCCUACAGGGAUUGUGUUCAUGAUGUCACCACCACAGAGAAGGUCACCAUCUAUAACAAUCAGAAACCCUGGCUGAACGCAGAGGUUCAUCCUCUGCUGCAAGCCAGUAGUGUGGCAUUCAGGUCCGGUGACACAGAUGUGCUGAGAGCGACCAGGAGGGACCUGACGGUGGCCAUAAAGAGGACAAAGGCUGCAUAUGCCUGGAAGGCACAGAGUCACUUUUCCUCCAGUGACCCGCGGAGCAUGUGGAGGGGUAUCAAGUGCCUCACUGACUACAAACCUAGUGAGGCACAGUGCCCCAGAGAUCCUUCCCUGCCUGAUACCUUUUACGCCCACUUCAAGGACCCCAAGACCAUCCCUUCCUCCAGCGUGACCACAGCGGAGGUCUGA